AUGGCUUCCGAAAAGAAGACUGUUCUCAUUACGGGCUGUACGCCUGGAGGCAUUGGGCACGCUCUCGCCCUCGAGUUUCACCGGAGAGGCUGCCAUGUCAUUGCUACGGCACGUAACCCGGAUGUGCUCAAGGACCUCGCUGCCAUGGGCAUGAGCGCCGUCCAGCUGGAUGUCACGAACCAGGACAGCAUCCAAGCUGCCAAGGACGAGGUCGCCAACAUUACCGGUGGGAAGCUGGACAUUCUCGUCAACAACGCCGGCCGGACUCACACCAUCCCCGCCCUAGACAUUGAGAUAGACGACGUCCGUCAAACCUACGAGACCAACGUCUUCGGCCCCAUGUUCACGACCAAGGCCUUCGCCCCCCUGCUCAUCGCCGCGCGCGGCCUCGUCGUCAACGUCUCCUCCCUCAGCUCCAUCAGCGCCUACAUCUUCGGCUCCGUCUACGCCUCCACAAAGGGCGCCAUCAACAGCUACUCGCGCGUCCUGCGCCUCGAGCUCAAGCCCUUCAACGUCCGCGUCAUGGUCGCCAUGGCCGGCACCGUGCGCUCCCAGAUCGCGAGCCACCCGCACCGCUCCCUGCCCAGCACGUCGCUCUACAUGCCCAUCAACGACUACUUCCAGCGCAGGCUGGUGUUUAGCCAGAACAACGCCACGGUGCCGACGGAGGUGUUUGCCAGGAAGCUCGUGUCGGCGGCGCUGAAGGGGGAGGGGUAUCUGGGGGGGCUGAUUGGGGGGACGCCGGACUGGUUUUGGGCGGGAGGGUUUUCGACGCAGGUUUGGCUGUUGUCCUUUUUGCCUGCGUGGAUGUCGGAGGGGAUCAUUUCCAUGUUCUUUGGGGUUGCUGGGUUGAAGAAGAGGCUUGCUGAGGCGAGGCAGAAGCAGUCUUGA